CGCUUCUCAAUGGAUGAACAUCAACGACUGCAUAUUGCGUAACGGACAAUAAGCUGAACUUUGAUCUAUCAAUGUGCGUUAAUACGCCCAUAAUACCAGCUCCCUCUCUUUGUAACAUCCCUUACGCGUAAAGGGGAGCGAAUUAAAGGACUUCAUCAAAGUCCUCUAAUUUAUAAGUCAAUCAUUUGUCAGUGCAUACACUUAAAUGCGAAGUCCCGAUGUCUCCGUCAACUUAUCCCUCUCAUUUCUCCUUUUCGUGAAUUCUCGCCGGGGUAGAUUUAGCGAGUGAUUCGUGGGCAGAGCUCGAAGAGUUGGAGUAGACGCGGUAUUUAAAUAGAUACAAAGUCGGUGUUACCGUCGAGAAGCAUCUAGCCAUGCCAAUACCGUCAACGUCCCUCAUCCCGACCCCUGCCAAAAGCGCCGUCGACAUGCCACCAUCGAAGCUCCAGCAGCAGCAGCAGCAGCAACGGAACACGAAGAACCUCGGACUUCGACUAGGUGCCGACUUUCUGAGCGCCUCGUGCGCCGCGUCGAUGGUCGCGCCCCUGAUAACCAUAAUUGACAGAUCGAUAAUGGAAAACGCAUCCGGCCGAAACACCCUCUCCGCCAGCCUAAAGUCCUCCUUCCGAACCCUACUCCUGCGCCCGCACACCCUCCUCUUCUCGAAGCCGGUGGCCCUGAUCUUCAUGCUAUACGGGGGCACGUACCUAACGGCCAACACGCUCGACACGGCCUCAUCCACAGCGCGCAACCUACCCGCCACGCACGUCACGACAGGAACUUCAAAGUUCGCCGCCUCGAGCGCCGCCAACGUCGGGCUGUGCGUGUACAAGGACCAAGUCUUCGUCAAAUUGUACGGGCCCGGUGGCCCGCCGCGCCCCGUGCCCUUGCCGAGUUACCUGCUCUUCACGAUGCGCGACUGCCUGACCAUCUUCGCGUCCUUCAACGUGCCGCCUCUGCUGGGGCCGCUGUUGACGGAGCGCAUGGGCCCCGCGCUGCGGGAGGCGGUGAGCGGGACCACCGUCGCGCAGUUCGUGGCGCCGGCCGCGGUGCAGAUCGUCUCGACGCCGGUGCAUUUGUUAGGCUUGGAUAUGUUUAACCGACCGACGACGAUGGGGGGCGGAGGCGGGGUGUCGUGGGCGGACCGCUGGACGCAGGUUCGGAAGAAUUGGGCGAUUAGCACGGCGGCGAGGAUAUGUAGGAUUGUUCCGGCGUUUGGGUUGGGUGGGACGGUGAAUACGAAGGUACGGAGGAAUUUGAUGGAGAGGUUGGCUUGAAAAGAAUAGUAAAGCCGUGGGUUUUUUGUUUGGUGGGAAGUGGCACCUGGUACGCAACGGGUUUUGGGAUGGCGUUUCGCGGACGAUGGGUUACAGGGGGCGGAUAUCAAAAUAGUGCGGGCUAGGUAUGGUACGGGUAUGGUAAACGACGGUUCUAAGAUAGAAAUUAAUAUAUAUCGAUGGGUUGGGAUGUAAAGAGCAAAGCAAUAAGCUCUAGUAUGGUAUACUUGGAGGUUGGCACAACUUAACGAAGGCUACGACACAUUGUUCAAUAGAAAUUUAACUAAGCAGGAAU